GUAGUUUUGUUAGCCGCAGGACGAAACUUUCCUCAAUAUCCUUGCAGAGAACGGAGCCAACAUGAAUAUUUCUACCGAUUUCGGACCAGAUUCGGGGGGUCGUGUUAAGGGAUUGACGAUCGUAAAACCAGUUAUUUAUGGCAAUGUGGCGCGAUCGUUCGGUAAGAAACGCGAAGAAGACGGCCAUACGCACCAGUGGACGGUUUAUGUGAAGCCGUACCACAACGAGGACAUGCAGAGCUACGUUAAAAAGGUACACUUCAAGCUGCACGAAAGCUACGCCAAUCCGAAUCGAAUCCUCAUGAAACCACCGUACGAGGUGACGGAAACGGGCUGGGGGGAGUUCGAAAUAGUGAUCAAAAUCCACUUUCACGAUCCAACCGAGCGUCCGGUCACGAUGUACCACAUACUGAAGCUGUUCCAGUCACCGAUCCUGGACGGCGAAGUGUCGACGCAGAUCGAAGGAAAGAAGGGCCUCGUGUCGGAGCAAUACGAAGAGAUUGUGUUCCAGGAACCGACUCAGUUGAUGCAGCAACAGCUAACCAGUGUGCAACCGGUCACGGCGGGUGCCUGGAAGCACGAUACAGACUUCGAAGACAAAAAGGUACAGGCGCUGGAAAACAUAAUCGAUACGAAGGCCAAAGUCAUCUCGGAAAUAGCGCAACUGAAGGAGAAGCUCAAGCUGGCCCGCGAGACGAUUGCCAAAUUUAAAGCGGAAACAGCCAAAGUGCAAGGACAGCAACCGGCAACGUAAGGUCGUGUCGCACUUGACUUAGAUUAAGCAUCUUUGGCGACGAGAAUGCUAGGAUUAAGGUAAACUAAAUUGUCAACUAACGCCGGUGAAAAGAAAACCACCAAUUAACUUAUUCACACCAACUUUAUUUCACGUUCGUGCCGCACUUAUUUCGGAUUGGCCGACGGGGACAGGUGGCUACAGUAGCUACAGUAGCGGUGAUGCAAAUGAGAAUAUGUAUGUAUGAUCGACGGCGGUUUGGAGGAAAUGCUACA